CCUGCCGCCCCGCCCCGGCCGCUUCCCAGGCUCCUCUCCGGGUAAACAGCGAUGGCCGCCGAGGAGGGAGGCGGCGAGCCGCGGAACAACAUGGGGAACCACCUCCAGCUGGUGCCCGCAGAGAGUGAGGAAGAAGAUGACAACGAAAUGGAAGUGGAAGACCAAGAUAGUAAAGAUGCAGAAAAGCCAAACGUCAUUAAUUUUGAUACCAGUUUGCCCACAUCACAUAUGUACUUAGGCUCCGACAUGGAGGAGUUCCACGGGAGGACUGUCCACGACGACGACAGCUGCCAGGUGAUCCCGGUGCUGCCCCACGUGAUGGUGAUGCUGAUCCCGGGGCAGACGCUGCCCCUGCAGCUCUUCCACCCGCAGGAGGUCAGCAUGGUGCGCAGCUUAAUCCAGAGGGACAGGACCUUCGCUGUGCUCGCCUACAGUAACGUACGUGAAAGGGAAGCACAUUUUGGAACAACAGCAGAAAUCUAUGCCUACAGGGAAGAGCAGGAAUAUGGAAUUGAAACAGUCAAGGUGAAAGCAAUAGGAAGGCAGAGGUUCAAGGUGCUUGAAAUAAGAACACAGUCAGAUGGAAUCCAGCAGGCCAAAGUGCAGAUCCUUCCGGAGCGCGUGCUGCCCUCCACGAUGGCAGCAGUGCAGCUGCAGUCCCUCAGCAGGUGCCACGUGUUCCCCUCUCCCAAACCUUCCUCCUGGCAGGACCGAGCCAUCCGCCAGUGGUGGCAGAAGUACCAGAAGAGGAAGUUCCACUGUGCCAGUUUGACAUCUUGGCCUCCCUGGCUCUACUCUCUGUAUGAUGCUGAAACCUUGAUGGAAAGAGUCAAGAGGCAGCUACAUGAAUGGGAUGAAAACCUUAAAGAUGAAUCUCUUCCAACAAACCCAAUAGAUUUUUCUUACAGAGUUGCUGCCUGCCUGCCCAUUGAUGAUGCUUUACGUAUCCAGCUGCUCAAAAUAGGCAGUGCUGUGCAGAGACUCCGCUGUGAAUUAGACAUUAUGAACAAAUGUACAUCUCUCUGUUGUAAGCAAUGCCAAGACACAGAAAUAACUACCAAGAAUGAAAUAUUCAGCUUAUCCUUGUGUGGCCCCAUGGCAGCCUAUGUGAAUCCCCAUGGAUACAUCCAUGAAACCCUCACUGUAUAUAAAGCCUCCAAUCUGAAUCUCAGUGGACGGCCCUCGACAGAGCACAGCUGGUUCCCUGGGUAUGCCUGGACUAUAGCCCAGUGCAGGAUCUGUGGGAGCCACAUGGGCUGGAAGUUCACAGCCACCAAGAAGGAAAUGUCCCCUCAGAAGUUCUGGGGGCUGACACGCUCCGCUCUCCUGCCCCGCAUUCCGGAGGGGGAGGAAGACUCCGACCACGAGGGCUCCCCCAUCCUCUGCCUGUGACCUGUCACCUCCUGGAGGGGCUUGGCCAGGGCUCCUGCAGGUGCAUCUGCUCAGUUCUGCUUCUGAUGCUUCCUUAGACCUGAGAACCCCCAGGACCCCCAACCACACUCACCAAUCCAAGGAGACAGGCAGGGUCACCGCGUUUGGGAGUGCUGUGUGUCCGUGUUCUGUUCCUUCAGGAACGCUGAGACUGAAGGCUGAGUCCUUAAAGGGAGAGCUGAGGAGAGGAGAUGGCUUGAGACACUCAGAAAGGAUGGUCCAUCUGGACAGAAACAGGAGACAGCAAGAAAUCUCUGAUCCAUGUGGCCAGAUUUGAGACUGAACUUUCUCCGUGUAUAAUUCCCACUUGAGGGAGGAAGAUGGGCAGGAACUAAAUCCUGGCUAACCACAGCCUGAUUUAUGCAAUAGCCCCGGGAUGGUAGAUACCAGUUACUUGCUGCAGAGUAUUUUCCAUAACACACUUACAAGUGGUUUUGCUGAGAAUCCCUGUUUCUGACUCUGAAGUACUUCAGGUUUUCUGCUUGUGCUGUUUCUCAGAUAUUUGCUGACUAACCAUGGAAGAGAGAACAAGGCUGAAGUAUUUCUGGCUGAUCUAAGUGUUGGUGGCAGUGCUGGAAUGGGCAAAAGCAGGAGCUGCUGCUGCCUCACAGGAUGGAACCCAUGGGAAGUGUUUGUCCCUUACCGGUUGUCUGAUCUAUUUAGCCUCUUUGACUUUAGAAGUCUUAAAUUUUAAAUUGUUUAUAAAAAAUACACAGGUCAGUCCCAGGGCAGAAACAACAUUGUCAUUUGCUGUUGAAUGUGCUUCAGUUACUUGUCAAAAUUGUUACUGGGAAGGUUUACCAGCAGAGGUAUCCAGAAUUCUGGGAAGGACUCUCUAAAACACGCCACUGAGGGGAUUUUUUAGGACUAUUUAUCGUGACAAGGGGGAGGCAGCAUCUCUUUAAUUAUUUUUUCUUUUGCACUUACAGAUCAUAAAGUAAAAUUCCACGUUAUCACCUUACAAAGAGGAAAAGUUUCUAAAUAAAACAGAUGAAGGCAGAGUGUUUUGAGGGAGGUUGUUUUUUGGUAGGUUGUUGUUUUAGUUCUGGUGGGGGUUUUUUUGUCUGAAGUGUUAUCUGCCAAACUGAGGCAGCUUUUGCCACUGGUUUAUUGGGGUGAUUUUCCCUCAGAAUUCACUCUGGUGAUGGAAGCUGGAGAUUUCUCCCUGUGUUUGUGCACAUACUCACUUGUUUUUCUUGUGAAGCUUUAUCAUUCACUCUUUAUUUCUUCACUUGCUAAAUACAAUGACACAAAACUACUUGAGGUUUAAGACAUGAGCUGUUACUUGCUUGUUCUCUGUCGGGCACCAGAUGUAGCAAGGCCAGAGCACUUCAGUUGAGGGUCGAGUCCAAGCUUGUCCCACAAGGAGCUGAUUCCUGUGGGAAUGUGGUCCCUGCAGCUGGGAGCACCCAGGUGUGACCCUGAGAGGCUGCUGAGGUGUUUGUCAUGCCAGGUAUGUAGGAACUGAUGAUUGUGUAACUCAGAUUUAGUUCUCUGAAGCUUUCUACCCCUGUGCUUCUGUGGCCUCCUUUGUUCCCCUCAGACACCCUUAAUUCCGUGUUUAAUUCCGUGUGCAGUGCUCUGUGGAGCAGUGAACUGUGAAAAGCAGGGCUUGGGAUACAGCUCUGCACAAACAGGGGGUGACUGAUGGCUCAUUUUCUUGGAGAAAACAUUCUGUGUUUUCAUGAUGUUUCUGUAAUAAGCUUUGAAAAGGCUGGAAUGCCAAGCACCGGGGUGAGAGGGAGGCUCUGGAUCCUCUGCACUUGGAUAACCACUGGAACCAUACCUGGCUCCCCUCACACCCUGCACACACAAACACACCUUGGCUGUAGACUUGGUUUAUUUUUUCCCCCCAAAAUCCCUCCUAUCUGUUGUUCCCAUGACCCUCAGGGGGGGUUGGUGGCAGGUUUGAGGGUGUUUUCCUCUGCUGCCAUUGGAAUACUCACCGAGGGGAUGGGGAAGGGGCUUUUCAAAAGGAUUUUCUCAGCUGUCACUGAACUUCAUAAGGUCUUUGGAAAUUUUGGCUGAGUCUUUUGGAUUGUCUCAACUAAAAAUGUUGUUAUGUUGGUACUGUUUGAAUCCAAAAUAGGCAUAUUUUUGGGAUUGUGUGUAUGUAAUCAAAUGUAAACUAAUAUAAUCAAGGUAAGUCAGGAGUAAAAUUAGCAGUAAUUUCAUUUCCUUGUUGAUGAUGCUGUUCCAUCUGCCUGACCUGUGUGAAGUUUGCCAUGUGGAAGUCCAGGACACUUUCCAGGUUGCAAACAAGUGUGAUGUGGGUUGCUGAGGAAUCCUGCCAUGAAUCCAGCACAGUGAGUAAGCAGAGUGUACAGGACCUGGCUUCCAGGGUGGGUGGGGCUUGGGGGUGGUUCUGUCCCUUGGGUCAUGUUUUCUGUGCUUUUCUCUGUUUUGAAGAGAAAACUCUUAGGUUGGGAUUAUGGGAAAUGGUUACAAGUAUGGACAUGGAAUGCUUUUGAGAGCUAGAGCAAAGGAGAUGACACUUUAUGAUAAUUUGCUACAUUUACCCCAUUCCUUGGUUGUAGCUUCCUGCAGGAAUUAGCCAGUGGCUGCUGCCCCAGGGGAUCAUUUUUCUCCUCUGCCACCAUCCUCCUCUGCCCUGAGAUGUGGGAACAGGGCUGUGGAAGAGCUGCUGUGUGUCUGGGGAGGGGAGGGGGUGGGAUGUGCACCCUUUGGGACAGGAGGAGUGUCCUGCAGGCAGCAGGACUGAUGGAUCACAGCUCAUGGAGCACAGACUCCUUCCCAAGCCAUCGUUGCACCAUCACAAUCAAGAGCCUGUAAUAUUGCAGUUUUCAUAUAUUUAGUUUAAUUUUGAUUACCAGGUCGAACCACAUAGGCCAUUUGCACACUGAGUCAUGUUCAAAUGCUCUUUGUUUUAUAAUAAUGCUCUUUUUGUACGUGCUGCAGUUCAUUUGUUCCUCCCACUGUCACCUUGAAUUGCUCUGUGAGGCUGGUGAGGGGCAGCCCUGUCUCCUCUCUAACUCUUCCUCUCUCUGCCUUUUGGGACAACUUUUCUGACAAAUCUUGUUGCUUGCAAACAUUUGCAAAGAAUAAAAUUCAAUUUGUUUCAAAACUCACCUGUUCUUUUGCUGAUUGCUGGGAUGGGAAAAAGGCAAGGCUUGGGUUUAUGUUGUGUUUUAAACAGGUUGGCUGCAAAAGUCAUGUGGAAUGAAAGAGUUUUGGCUUCCAAGUCUGUGCAGGCUGGACUGGCACAGACUAAUUAAUCAACUAAUCCAUUGUAGAAAAGUAUUUUACUUGACCAUGUGUGUAUCAAACUGCUUCAUCUCUUUUGACAUUUAAAUAGUCCAUACUCUGUAAAAUAUAAUGUGUUUACUCAAACAAA